GUUAUGAGCCGCCACCUUUUUUUACCGAAAAAUUGAGGUUGUGAUUACUGUAUUUAAAACACGAGUAUUAUUCUGUAUUAUUUGUUGCUGUUGCAUUACAAUUCUGUGUAGAGUUGUAAUAAUUUAUACGAUAAUGUUCCUGGUUAACACUCGCAUACAAAUGGCUCGUGCGUUUCGUAUGCACAGGGAGAUUCACAGCAACGCGGAGUUAAUCGAGACUUGUACGGAAAUCGUGAAUCGAAAUCCGCGAAAUUUGGAGAGGCUGAGAAUAGCGAGGAAACCUGUUGGAUAUUUACUCGACAAACCCGGCCACUCGUUUUGGCAUAAGGUGUUCGUAAUCAAGAAGCCUCGCUAUAUCGUCGCGGAAGUACACCAUUUCGAAAAUGGGCCGGUCAUUACAGCUUGUAGCGCAGAAUGGGCAUUGAAAAGGCAGUUAUAUCGGUGUACUGAUAGUGCAGCUUAUAUCAAUGUAGGACGUGUAUUAGCUCAACGGUGUCUGGAAAGUGGUAUUUGUGAAAUGGAUGUUGAUAAAUCACCAAGUGGAGAUAAAUUUGAUUUGUUAAUUAAGGAAAUGCAGAACUGUGGAAUUAUUUUGUAUGAGCUACCAAGAUAUAAGUAUCCUUAUUCUUUUACCAAAGAUCGUCCAGAGAAGCCUUGGGAAAUCAUUGAAUAGUUUGUAUCAUCUUUUGUAUAUUUUGUAAAUAAGAACAACAAGAGACAAAGUGUGUAUGGUACAUACAGCAUACAACUCUGAUAGUGUUUCUUGUAAGAAUUGAAUUGAACAGACUUAGUGAUCAGUGUACGAUAUUUUAUUAUUCCACUAUCUGUCCACUGUGAAAUGUCAAGUUUUGUACAUUACAGUAUCUAGGAGUAAAAAUAAAUAAUUGUAUUGCUAUUAAAUAAACAUUUAGCAUACAGGAAAUA